AUGCCGUUGAAGCCUCUCGGGGUGAUAUCCUCGAGCAAUCAAUCUGGUCUUAUCCUCAUUCUUACCGCCCUCUCCCUCUCUUUCAUCGUGGUUUCAUUUGUCAUCCGAGUCUAUAUUCGAGUUCCCACAAGACUGUGGAAAUGGGACGACAACUCCUUCACUGCUGCAACAGUUCUGGCUUUUGUACAAAGCUCCCUUGUCUUCUAUGAAGUACACAUCGGCCUUGGUGACCGAAGCAUCGUCGAGCGCAACGACGAAGCCGGCAACCAGAUCAAAAAGUACUAUUUUGCAAACGACUUUCUUUAUCUCGCCGUUCUCUUCUGUUCCAAGGGAGCCGUUGGUUGUCUCUUUUUACGUCUGACCCGUCAAUUGGGACAUCUGCGAGCGAUCUGGAUCAUCUUGGGCACCUGUGGCGCUUGGUUUGUGCUCUCCAUCCUUCUGAUCAGCAUUGGCUCUUCUUGGACAAAAGCAUACCACGUGCCAGUAAUUGACAUGGCCACAAAACAGUUCGGCCGCUGGCUUGUCGUGGGCAUCACCGAUGCCUUGACCGAAGCCAUCUUCGUCCUAAUGUCUGUAUUCCUGGUCCAUGGUCUACGGAUGAAUAUGGUGCAAAAGGGCACCGUUGUCUCUGCUUUCGCCGUGCGUCUUUUGACCAUACCUGCUCUCGCCAUGCGUCUCUACUAUCUCGAUCCUAGCACGAUACCGGACAACCGCAGCCUUGCCCUAUCUCUGGUUGUGGUCUGCACCCAGAUCCAAGUCGGCUACGGCAUCAUGGCGGCCUCAGUCACGGUCCUGAAACCUUUCAUGGUCGUCUACGAGAAACCAGCUGGGUCUACGGACUACAUGAGUGGUGGGCAUACCAAGCAGUACGGCAAGCAUACAAUGCCCAGCGAACACACUGGUACAUCGUUCCAAUUGAAGUCUAUGAGCGGCCGGCCGACCGAUGCUGCAGAUGCGAGAGCCGCAGGUUCCACCGACCCGACCCAACAAUAUUCUGGAUACAACGCCACUGCCACGGCACAUGGGCACAAAAAGGAUGAUGACAGCAUUAACAGCCAGGAUAGCAGGCGAAUGAUUAUUGAGCGCAAGACAGACUGGUCCGUGAGAUACGAAGAGGCCGAAAGCCAAAAGAGCAAUGCGAGCGUGGUUGCUGGCUCUGUCUGA